UGUAGCUCAGAAAUAUGUGUACUAGGAACCAGACGGUAUCAUUUCAUCGUCAUCAGCAAGCCACUUCUCUCGAAGUAAGAAGCGAAAUUCCUUGCAAAAAUGACGGAUAAACAGGAACCGAAUGGCAAUACCAACAUAGAAGAUAAUUUGGACGAUGGUUCAGUACCCGACGUGUCAUUCCAGGGUGGAACAUUAUCCCUUAGCAAUGUUGAAACCAAUCUUUUGCACGACGAACGCAAACCUACCGCGCCUACUUCGCUGCCAUUGAACAACGUCAACAACGCAAAUUUUGUUCGAGGUCGACCGAAGAGCGCGCCUCUUUCUCCCGUGGUGCAGGAUGGAUUCUAUGCUUCAAAGAUGGGACGUCUUGAAUCAGCCGUUCUUGAGUGUAAGAAGGCAACUAUCAAAGAUGAUAUGGAUGGAGAGGUUCAUGGUGUGUGGCUACUGACAGAAAUUGACCAUUGGGAUAACGAGAAGGAACGCCUUAUCAUUGUGACCUCCAACAGUCUCUUGUUGGUCAAGUAUGACUUUGUUGCUGGUGCAGUCCGACAGUUCCAACGCAUCAACCAUAUCGCUGUCGAUGCAUUGCAGAUAGGGGUCUUUUCCUACCCACAAAAGUCUUUGGUCAGCCCUAGGGAUGGCACUGGUUUACGCAUCAUCUGGAGCCACGGCCGCCAGCCAACAUUCAUGGAACGCUGGAAUCCAUUUUGUUCAACCAUUCCCUGGCUGACGCUGACGAGUCAUCCCUUGGAGCACAGUGGCACUCGUGAAGCUGAGACCUACCAGAUUGAUCCCUUCAAGAAUGCUUACAUCCAGGCUAUCAACAACUGGCGUAUCAAGCAGAAUCAGGCACUCAACAAUGUAUCCUCCAGUCCGGUCACCAUCGUGGAUGCUCCUAUCGAGUGCGACGUGAUGCUGGGGCUGGCUUCUACCGUUCAUAAUCAGAGCCGUCUUGGCUUCUACCGAGAGAGAGGUGGAGUCAGCUUCUAAGGAGCCCAGGUUUUCCUUUUAAAAAAAAUGAAUUUAUUUGAAAUGUAUUACCAUGUAGACGUUGUCUUGACUUCGCAAUUCCUGUAAGUGGUAACCUUUCAGUCUUGAGGAUAUUGUACAGGUUAUUUUCUUAUUUUGACAGAAUAUUGGAAUUCCAGUGAAAGGUGAGCUAAUGUGUAGUUUAAAACUAACUAAGUGUUAAAAAAAUUAAGAAGUAACUUCUGCAGUGUGAGGCACUCUAUUUUCACAACGUUUUGUCUACAUGCACUUGUGAAUAAUGUAUUCCGUGGAGAAAAAUUCACACUUAGCUUUCAAAAAGCUUGGUUUUCAAAGUCCAUUCUACUCAGACGUGAUUUUCAGAUCGCGUGUCCACAUUUUUUUCCCUGAAAUUUGUUCAUAACCACUGGGUUAUCAACUGACUGCAAACAGUUGGAAACCAACAAUUGCCAUUCAUCUGAGUCACUGACAUUCACAAAGACUCAAACUUUUUUAAUUUGUGUCUGAGUAAUGAAUAUUUAUUAGCCAUUCAUAAUACCCAUUCAAGGAAUAUCUCGUGUAAACAUGUUAUGUUCAUGUACAUGUAAAUGUGAGUUGCAAGCAGGUUAUGUCCUCAAAUUAUGAGAUACAAAACUACCUACAUGUAUAGACAGAACUGAAACAGGUGGUACGACAGAUCAACAAAUUUGCACUGCCCAAAAUACAAUGUUUUUAUUAGAAAAGCUGAAAAUAGGAUUCAGAAAGGUUAAGCUUGUGAACCAUGUAUGCAAAUUUAAUUUAUACUUUUUUGUAACUUUUACACUCUUGAGUACAUACAAUUUGAGACAGUCCUUGGAUUACAAAUCAAACCAGUGACUGCCAUCUUAGGCAAUCUAUACAUAGGAAAGAAGCCAGGGUUGGCAUGUGUGUAUUCUCUUUUAUAUCACAACAUUUUGGCUGAGAUACAUGUAGGCAGAAGAAAAGAGGUAUCACAGGGUGAAUGAAAGGAAUAAAGUGUUUGAUUACAGCAAGCAUCAGGAAAUAUCCUAAUUGAUUAAAGCUGUUAAUGGAAUCAAGUUAAUGUCUACAUUGUAGAGUUUAAUAAAAAGGCAUGUUUGUUAAUAAUUAUGCAUAGAGUGUUACACCUGUAGCAGCUACAUAAAUGCUUGUUCCUCAAACAGAUCAUCCUUAAAAUGUAUCAAUGAGUAUUUCAUAAUGACUUUGUUAGGAAAGGAUUUGCAUAAUUACACCUGUUGUAGAAGCUGCAUGUACAUGUUGAUGUUUCAAAUGUUUCCUGUUAUCAUUCCUAGAUAUUUAAAAUAAUACAUGUACAAGUAAGUACAAUUUUGUUUUGUACUCAAGUAUGCUCGUAUCUUUUGGUAAAACCUCCAAAUAUUUAAGUACAGUGUAUUAUAAAAAACAUAUUCCCUUUUGUUUCAUCAGCUGUUCUUAAACACACAGCAGAAUAAGUUUUCAUGUAAGUUCUUGGGAGUUCGUUGACCUUGUAUUCAAUGCAUGCAGUGGCAAUUAGUACGUUAUAAAAUCAGCAGACUUCUUCAGUGAUCAAACUAAGUUUAGAUAUUCGAACAAGAAAUCCUACUAAGAUCGUUUGGUGUCUUUUGUAUAUAUUUGCUGCUUUCUGUGUUCCUUGUCAAGUGCAAAAUUUCAACUAUCCAAUCUUAGCAUAUCAUAUACAGUGUACAUGUAGAUGCCUUACAUUUGCCAAGUUUGUUACUUAUUUCCUACGAUACACACAAUUAUGUGUUAGAUGCGUUAUUUAUCUGUAUAUUUGUUAAUAUAUUCUGAAGGAGAUUAUAUGAAAGUGUCAGGUUAAUCCCAAAUCGUCUUCUUUCAUUUUUUCAUUUUUUGUUGUUUUUUUCAUACAAGCUGAGAUUUAGAACUUCUGAAGUUUACAUGACAGAUUAUGGAGAACCCUCUAUAUCUAAGGUUUAUAACUUAAAAUUGCUUUGUAUUCCAAAACGUGUGAGAAAAAUUAAAAUGGUGGCACAAAUGUCCGUACUGUUACUUUUGAAAUAUCUAAGUCCAAGUUAAAAAGUAUGGGUGUCAUUUUAAAGUUAUAAACUUGAGAUGUGAAAUAAAUGUCAUGUUAAAAAACCA